GCGAACGACUUUCGCAAACCUAUUGUGCGUUGGACUUAACGUGUUUUGUCUACCUGCUUUGUAAACAGCCAUGUAACAAACUGAGGAAAAUAAUUAAUAACUUUUGUUUCAAACUCAUAUAAAUAUGGUGUAAUUUAUAACAGUAAAUAUUUUGGGACAAAUAAGUAUGUAACUGUUGCGAAUUGGACCCUUCUUCGUCAACUUAUCAUUUUAAUAUUUGCUUGAAUUAUAAAGUAUUUUACUUGAACCAUGAUAGCCAUUGGAUUUGAAGGUAGCGCUAAUAAAUUGGGAAUAGGAAUUAUUCGCGAUGAUGAAAUUCUUUCCAAUGUAAGACAUACUUAUAUCACACCGCCUGGUGAAGGAUUUAUGCCACGUGAGACAGCAAUUCACCACCGAAAUCAUGUUCUCAGUAUUCUCAGCAAAGCACUCACUGAUGCAAAAUUAACAUUAAACGAAAUAGAUGUCGUUUGUUAUACAAAGGGACCUGGAAUGGGCGCUCCUUUAUCAGUUGUGGCAUUAGUAGCUCGAACUGUAGCAGCCAUGUAUAAAAAACCUAUUGUUGGAGUUAAUCACUGCAUCGGACAUAUUGAAAUGGGUAGACUAAUAACUAAAAGUAAUAAUCCUAUUGUACUUUAUGUGUCUGGUGGAAAUACACAAGUCAUAGCUUAUUCUGAGGAACGAUAUUGUAUUUUUGGCGAAACUGUUGAUAUAGCAAUUGGCAAUUGCUUGGACCGAUUUGCUAGACUUUUAAAAUUAUCAAAUGAUCCAAGUCCCGGAUACAACAUAGAGCAACUUGCUAAGAAGGGUAAAAAGUUUUUAAAAUUGCCCUAUGUGGUAAAAGGAAUGGAUGUCUCUUUUUCUGGCAUUUUAACGUUUGUUCAAGAACGUUUAAAGAAAUGGAUGAAAUCUGAAGAAUACACAAUAGAAGAUUUAUGCUUCUCUUUUCAAGAAACAUUAUUUUCUAUGCUUAUAGAAAUUACAGAAAGAGCAAUGGCGUAUCUUGGAUCCAAAGACGUUUUGAUUGUUGGAGGUGUUGGAUGUAAUGAAAGAUUACAAGAUAUGAUGCGUAUAAUGUGUGAAGAAAGAGGUGCGAUUUUGUAUGCUACAGAUGAACGAUUUUGUAUUGACAAUGGUGUUAUGAUUGCAGUAGCAGGAUUAUUAGAGUAUAAAUCCUCUGGUGCUACCCUCUUGAAAGACACUAUAUGUGAACAAAGAUUUCGCACAGAUGAUGUUUUAGUUACUUGGAGAAAAUGAUAAUAAAAAAAUCUAAAUUAUAAUUGAUUAAAGUAUUGACGCCAAGAUUUUAAAAUUGCCUUAAGAAGAGGUUCCCAUUGCGGAGGCCAAAAUCAAUACAAACUUUGAAAAUUUUUUGCGAGGAAUGGUUUUGACUUAGCGAUGUAGUUUUUUUUUGUAAAUGAAGAUACUUCCUUGAACUUUUAAAA